AUGCUGCGACACGACUACAACCGCAUCGAUCCGAAGCGACGCAACGUCGUCGACCACCGGAAGAGGCAGUUCGCCACGCCCCAGUACAAGGAUGCCGAGUAUCCUCACCGUCUCAACUUUUACACCGACGCGCCCACGGCCGACAUCACGCUCGAGCAGUUUGAGCAAUGGGCCAUCGACCGCCUCCGAGUCCUCGCCGAGCUCGAGGCGUGCUCGUUCCGCAACAAGUCGGCGGCCGAGACGGCGUCGCACAUGAAGCCCAUCCUCGACAAGUACCUGCCGCUCGACAGCAACAGCUCGGGCUCGACGAAGCUCCCCGCGCAGAGGCAAAAGGAUCACUACAGCCACUUCAUCCUGCGGCUCGCCUUCUCCUCGACCGAGGACCUUCGCCGUCGCUUCGGCCGGGUCGAGACGAUGCUCUUCCGCAUGCGAUUCGGCAGCGACGACCUCGGCGAGCGAUCGGCCUUUGUCUCGGGCCUCGACCUCGACUGGUGGGAAUCCGUCGGCGACGACGAGAGGCGCGAGCACCGAGACGAGCUCCUGGCCAUGGGACCCAAGAAGGGCGCCGCCGACGACGACAGCUGGUUCAAGGUGGACUGGCAGCGCGUGCCCGACCUCGUCGAGCAGCGGCGCGUCUUUGUCAAGCACGGCAAGGCCUUUGUGCCCGGGAGGGAGCAGUCGAGCAUGGUCGUCGCCGAGUUCACCUCGCGGCUCGAGCGGCAACUCGAGCUGACGGCUCGGGCGCUGCCGCGGCUGGACGAGGACGACCGGCUGACGCCGAUCCUCAACCACAUUUCGAAAAACUUUGUCACGCCCGACUCGACCUACGUCUCGAGCACGUCGGCGCCCGACGGCGCCCAGAUCACGGCGGCCAACGUCGAUGGCCUCUCGCAGCACUUUCCCGCCUGCAUGUCGCACCUCCACCGCUCGCUGCGGCGCGACGCGCACCUCAAGCACUACGGCCGGCUGCAGUACACGCUGUUCCUCAAGGGCAUCGGCCUCAACCUCGAGGAGUGCCUGCUCUUCUGGCGCAACAGCUUCCACAAGGUCACCGACGACACCUUUAACAAGGAGUACCGGUACAACAUCCGGCACUCGUACGGCGACGUCGGUGGAGACUCGAACCGACGCGGCGGCGGCUACAGUCCCUUUAGCUGCCAGAAGAUCCUGACGGAGCACCCGCCCGGGCCCGGCGAGGCGCACGGGUGCCCGUACAGGCAUUUCAACAUGGAGAACCUCACGUCGCUGAUGCAGUCCAUGGCCGUCACGGACCGGUCGGUGCUGCAGGGCAUCAAGGAGGACAAGGACAAGCAAAAGUACCACAUGGCAUGCAACCGCGUGUUUGAGCACAUACACAAAGCGGAGAUCAAGUUGGCCAAGGACGAGGGCGUCAUGACGUCGAACCAGCUCGAGUCCAUCGUCCACCCGAACGAAUACUUUAAGCGCAGCUAUCUGCUCAAAAACUUGGGCAAGAGCACGGACGUGAAGAUGGAAGACUGA